CCGCCGGGGCCGCUGUGGCGCCGCCGCCGCCGGGCACUCUUGAGCGCGGCCUGCCGGUUUGGCGGGGUGAAAGGUUGCGAAGAUGGCGACGGCCUUGAGCGAGGAGGAGCUGGACAAUGAAGACUAUUACUCGUUGCUGAACGUGCGCCGGGAGGCCGCCUCGGAAGAGCUGAAGGCUGCCUACCGCAGGCUGUGCAUGCUGUACCACCCCGACAAGCACCGAGACCCCGAGCUCAAGUGCCAGGCGGAGCGGCUGUUCAACCUUGUGCACCAGGCGUAUGAAGUGCUUAGCGACCCGCAGACCCGGGCCAUCUAUGACAUCUAUGGCAAGAGAGGACUGGAGAUGGAAGGCUGGGAGGUUGUGGAGAGGAGGAGGACUCCGGCCGAGAUCAGAGAAGAGUUUGAGCGGCUGCAGAGAGAGCGGGAGGAGAGGAGGCUGCAGCAGCGAACCAACCCCAAGGGGACCAUCAGCGUCGGCAUCGAUGCCACCGACCUCUUCGAUCGCUACGAGGAGGAGUACGAGGACGUGUCCAGCGGUGGCUUUCCGCAGAUUGAGAUCAACAAGAUGCACAUAUCCCAGUCCAUCGAGGCGCCCCUGACAGCGACCGACACAGCCAUCCUCUCCGGAAGCCUCUCCACCCAGAACGGGAACGGAGGCGGAUCCAUCAACUUCGCGCUCAGGCGGGUCACCUCCGCGAAGGGCUGGGGAGAGUUAGAGUUCGGAGCGGGGGAUCUGCAGGGCCCUCUCUUUGGUGUAAAGCUGUUCCGUAACCUCACGCCAAGAUGCUUUGUGACGACCAACUGUGCGCUGCAGUUUUCGUCCCGGGGCAUCCGGCCCGGCCUCACCACAGUCCUGGCGCGGAACCUGGACAAGAACACCGUGGGAUACCUGCAGUGGCGGUGGGGCAUCCAGUCCGCCAUGAACACGAGCAUCGUCCGGGACACCAAAACCAGCCACUUCACCGUGGCCCUGCAGCUUGGAAUCCCUCACUCCUUCGCCCUGAUCAGCUAUCAGCACAAAUUCCAGGAUGAUGAUCAGACUCGCGUGAAAGGGUCCCUGAAGGCCGGCUUCUUCGGAACGGUGGUGGAGUACGGGGCCGAGAGGAAGAUCUCCAGGCACAGCGUGCUGGGGGCCGCGGUCAGCAUCGGCAUCCCGCAGGGCGUGUCUCUCAAAGUCAAGCUAAACAGGGCCAGUCAGACCUACUUCUUCCCCAUUCACCUGACGGACCAGCUGCUCCCCAGCGCCGUGUUCUAUGCCACCGUGGGGCCGCUUGUGGUCUACUUCGCCAUGCACCGCCUCGUCAUCAAGCCGUACCUCAGGGCCCAGAAGGAGCGGGAGCUGGAGAAGCAGAGGGAAAGCACAGCCACCGACAUCCUGCAGAAGAAGCAGGAGGCGGAAGCCGCGGUUCGGUUGAUGCAGGAAUCUGUCCGAAGAAUAGUCGAGGCAGAAGAAUCCAGAAUGGGCCUCAUCAUUGUCAACGCCUGGUACGGGAAGUUCGUCAACGACAAGAGCAAGAAGAGCGAGAAGGCGAAGGUGAUCGACGUGACGGUGCCCCUGCAGUGCCUGGUGAAGGACUCGAAGCUCAUCCUCACAGAGGCCUCCAAGGCUGGGCUGCCCGGGUUCUAUGACCCGUGUGUGGGCGAGGAGAAGAGCCUGAAGGUGCUCUACCAGUUCCGGGGCGUGCUGCACCAGGUGAUGGCGCUGGAUGGCGAGGCGCUCCGGAUACCCAAGCAGUCUCACAGGAUCGACACGGACGGAUAGACUGCCUGAGAAAAAGGAUUAGAGAGGCUGCAACAGCUUUUCCUGGGAGUGUACACAUUUGGAAGCAGGAAACCCAGACAUCAGAAGUUUUAUUUUAUAUUAUUCCUCAGGAGGUGGUCCCGCAUCAAUUAUGUGAAGGGGCGCAGACACCUGCUUGGUGGGCGCUGCAGGCAGGCUGCGGCAGCCCCCAGGACCAGAGCCUCCGCAGCGUGUCUGCUCCCAAGGAUCAUGUCCCCGGGGAGGUCCGUGUGGCGGCGGCCGGAACGGCCUGCCUCCUGACGCCACCUGACCCGGAGGGAGGACCACAGGGCUCCGGUCCAGCAAGCACCUGGGUGGCCGGCCUCCGGAAAGGCCUUUCCUGCUGAAUGUGGAGGAGCGGGGCUCAUAAAUCUGCUUUUUAUCUGAGAACCAGUGGCUCCGGGAAUUAAUUAGUCUCUGUCUCCCAGAACUUCUCCGAUCAUUCCACUGGCCCUGGCUCAGGACAGAGCAGUAACCUCUGGUCCAGGCCCGUCCCUUCCUUCCACCGGCUCAGCCUGCCCUGCCUGUGCCCCUCCACCUGCAGCGCUGGGUGAAGAGGGCAGGAGGCGGAGGGGAAGGUAGAGGCCUGGGCCGCCCGCAGACUGCCACGCCCGCCCAGCAGCUCCCAGGCCACGCCUCGCCCGCUCGGCCAGGAGGUGGCGCUGCCGCUCUGCGCACCCCGACUGGCCCAGCCCCUCAGGAGACUCCUUUCCGGGCGUCUGCCCCCAGACCUCCCUCCUCCCGCGCCUCUUGGUGUAGGAGCCAGGAAGCUGCAAGCAGCGUGUCUGUCACCUCUCAGGCCCGUGGGCGGUGGUCCCACAGCUCAGGCUUCACCCAGCGCUGGUACCAGUGGGUUCAUUAGUAACCCCUCCCUCUGGUCCCUCCAGUUUUUACAAACCAUUCAAAGUGUCCAACUAUGAAAUACUUACCUCCGUUU